AUGCAGGUGGGCGUGUAUGACAGAGAUGAUCAGAUGUGUCAGUAUGAGGACUGCACAGAGAUUGAUCUGUUGCCUGCCCGGUGCUCCGACUGCCACAAGCGAUUCUGCUCCCACCACCUUUCCCACGGGGCACAUCACUGCCCAGCUGUGACGGAUGUGCGGGUCGGGACGUGCCCCGUAUGCCAUCGCGUGGUACUGUUGGAGUACCCGCGCCAAAAUGUGGACGAGGCGGUGUCCCGGCACCUUGAUCGCGGGUGCCGCGAUGUGAUGCAAGGCAGCGCAUCGUACAGCAGCGCGACGGCGAAGAGGAAGCUCGGUCAGGCGGGCGGUCGCCGCUUGGGCGGCUCGGCGCCGGUGUGCAGCAUCCAAGACUGUCGCGAGGCCUCCGAGACGCGCGUGAAAUGUGAUCAAUGCGGUCAAACAUUCUGCCUUCAGCACCGCGGGCCCCUGCAGCACCACUGCCGCGCUGCUGCCGCCGCGCGCAGCACCGUCGCAUCCUCCCCUUCGGAGCAGGAUGCAGGCGUGGUAAUGUCUCCACUGGGAGGCAAGGCGGUAUCCGUGGCACGCCUUCUCACCCACCCUACCAACACUCCCGAAAAGGCGGUGGGCAAGGCGACAGAGCUCCCCUCAGACAUGGUGACAGGCCUCGUGUGCUUCCUCAUACCCGCCUCUGUUUUCAAGAAGAGCGGCCCCGCUGACUGUGACAAGUUCGAGCCAGUGCCCUCCUUUUUCAUGUUUAUGCCGAAGAAAAUAGCAUUGGGUCGUCUUCUGGACACGGCUGUGGAUCGUGCCGCCAUGAACUCACCCGCCGUGCGCACCGGGAAGCCGUGGAACUUGUUCGCCGUCACGCUGCCCAUCCAUGCCGAGACCAGGGCGGCUUACCAUCCUCCUCUUCCACUCUCAACAGUGGUGGGAAAAAGUCCCAUCGGCGAGGUGGAGCGCGCUGUUCUGUUUCUCUCGCCCCUUCAAGCCUUGCCGGAGUGCGCGAUUGAGGCAGUGCAGAACUUGGAGAGGAAGAAGGUGCUGCAGUCGACAUCGUUGUCAUCCAGUCAGGGAUGCCAAGUGAUGUGA